GAUUGAUUCAACUGUCUCGCCAACAAUCGUCACAAUUGCAUCUACAAACACCAACACGUGCACCACCAUCACCAGUAUUGCUACCACCGUCACCACGAUCAUUACCGCUUCCCCAAGGAUUUGAUGCUGCACCGAUACAAUCACCGAGAACGCCGAAUACCGCUCGACGACCACCAACACCACGAUUUCCACGUUUAUCACAAUCCAUCGCUCGUUUGGAAGGACUGAGACGUGAGCGAGACUUGCAGCGGCGUGAACGAGAGCUGGAGCAAGAGCAAGAGCGUCAGCGGCAGCUUCAACAGGAGCGGGAGCGUGAAAUUGCCCGUGGUCGCCCCCUUUGUGCCAUUUGCAAGGAAGACUUAUUGUCAAGAUCACCAAUGAUUCUUCCUUGCAAUCACGUCUACUGCACCGACUGUAUCCAAGAGAUGCUCGAGCACCAACCAUCGUGUCCCGUUUGUCGUACAGGUGUUCCAUCAGUCGAGUGGUGCGACCCAAUCUAUUUCCCAUAA